AUGGACACCGCACUACUCGAGGUCCUUGUUGAGCAUCACAACAAUGGCGAUCAUGCCCAGAAUGGAUGGAAGUCCCAUGUCUACAGUGCUGUUAUAGGUAAUGUGCGUGAGAAGUGCUCUGUGACCAUCACAAAGGAAAACAUCAGUUCAAGGUGCAAAACCUUUGAAAAGCACUACGAGGCCAUUAGCAAGAUGCUAUCUCAAAGUGGAUUUGGGUGGGAUUGGGUCAAUAACAAGCUGUCAAUUGAUAGUGAAGAUGUGUGGCUUAAAUAUGUCGUGGCUAACAAGAAAGUAGGAUUUUACAAGAACAGGGUCAUUAAGAAUUGGGAUGCUAUCACCACCAUAUACUCAAAAGAUCAUGCAAAUGGUGAAGGCGCUGUCACUGGUGCUGAAACUGUUGUAGAACCAACUACGGAACCCAAUGAAGCCUCUCCUGAAGUGCCACAACCAUCCUGUGCCUUCUUGGGGAUAUGA